ACAGUGCUCGGUGCUGCUGCUCCUGGCCACUGUGGUUUUUACAGUAGGGUGGGACCACCGCGUGGAUUGGGUUGUGGAGCCGAGGGCUGUGCUGGUGCUCCGAGGCUGAGCUCGUAGAGUGCGCGCAGGACUGGGAUCCUCUUCCCGGAAGGUCAGCUUCCGGGCUCGGCCUCUCUCUCAGAAGGCGCCGGAGUGCGAAGGCACCGACUGGCCUUGCAAGGCGGCUGCCCCAAACUCCUCGGCUAAUUCCUCUCUUCCAUUUUCCAGGUAACAAUGGCUGCCGUGUGUACUUCCUCAGAGAUCAUAGCAAUAAAACGAACAAGACUGCUUCAAAUCCUCCAACAGGAUCCUGAUUCUGUCUUAGACACAUUAACGUCUCAGAGACUGAUUUCCGAAGAAGAGCAUGAGACUCUAGAAAAAGUUACAGAUCCUCUGAAGAAAAGUCGGAAGCUGUUAAUUUUGGUACAGAAAAAGGGUGAGGUGAGCUGUGAAUGUUUUCUUAAGUGCUUGUUUAGUAUGUUUCCUGAGUCAGCCACCACUUUGGAUUUAAAGCAUGAAGUUUUGCAACUUGAGAAUAUAGCACCACCUCAAUCUAUGGGAGUAAGCAAGAAUUCAGAAGAUACUUUUUCCCUUGGGAAGAAAACCCCAGAGAAUCCUGAGAUCACAAAGUUCUCUGAAGAGAAAGAAUGCUUGGAUUUGGAAACAUCUGAGUUUUUCCAGGACAAAGAAAGUAGUUAUAGGGAAGCUUUGUUGCCUUCCAGGGGGAGCAAGAGGGAAGUCACAAUGCCGUAUUCAGUUGAUAGAGUUGAGUAUGAAAUUCCAGCAACUAUUACAUAUUUAAAAGAUGGAGAGCGAUAUGAGGAGCCAGAUGAUUCACUGUACUUAGGACAAGAGGAAUAUCAACAGUCUUCUGGGUAUCCUGAUGACAUAGAGACCAUUGUGGAAGAAGGGGCUUGUGAUGACCAACAGUACGUUCUAGAUGAUGGUGAAGAGGAACCUGAGUAUUCAGAAACCACAGAGUACUCUAGUGAAGAAAAGAGCUAUGAGGAUUCAGAAACCAGUAUUUCAUUAGAGGAGGAAGAGAAAAGGAUGGAAGAAAGAAAAAAGAUAUUUCAACAUGUUCUGUCCUGUUUGAGCAUGGAUAGAAGCAGAAAGCUUCUCCCAGAUUUUGUUAAACAGUUCUCCUUAGAUCGAGGCUGUAAGUGGAUGCCCAAGACUCCAGGAGACUUAGCUUGGAAUUUCCUGUUGAAAGUUCAAGCGCUAGACUUAACGGCCAGAGAUUUCAUCCUCCAGCACAGGGCUCUAGAUGAAGAUGACAAAGAGGAAUUGCUGACCAGAAUGGAGACUUUAGAAAUUGAAGACAUACAAACCAUUAAUCCCCUUGAUGUCCUUUGUGCCUGCAUGCUCUGUUCAGACAGCUCUUUACAACGCGAAGUCAUGUCCAACAUGUACCGAUGCCAGUUUGCUCUUCCCCUACUCCUGCCAGAUGCAGAAAACAACAAAAGCAUCUUAAUGCUGGGGGCUAUGAGAGACGUAAAGAAGCCGGCGGCACCAUCCUCAGGAAGGCCCCCUACGGAUACAGACAAGUUUCUGAGUCUCAUGAAGAUGCCUUUCAUCUCUUUUGUGCGACUAGGACACUUUAGCUUCUCUAAGUCCAGAAUCCUCAAUACGUUACUCAACCGCACCCAAUGGAAAUCGCACAAAAUCUUUCUCCAUAAGGAUUUUUCCAUUCCGGUACUUCCUCGACAAAUUUCUGAUGGCCUCGUUGAGAUAACAUGGUAUUUUCCCGACAGCGAUGUGUUAAAGGAAAGCCCUCACUUUUUCCAAAAGCCCGUAGCUGUGGCCAACCUUCGUGGAGAUAUAGAAAGGUUUUGGACACAGUUUGGUUUUUUGGUGGAAAUUUCCUCAGCUGUGUUCUUUUUUACUGACUACAUCAGUGAGAAGGAAUGGGACUUGCUAAUGUUUUUAGGAGAAGAUGUCAUUGAAAGAUGCUACUUUGUCCUCAGUCCCCAGGCCAAGGAGAGUGAAGAGGCUCAGAUUUUCCAAAGGAUCCUCAAAUUGAGGCCAUCACAGCUGUUGUUUUGGGAAGGGGAGGAAGCUGGGGACAGGAGGAAGAAUCUGGAGGCCCUUCAAGCUGCCCUCCAGGAAGCAAUGUCUUCUUCACUCAGAUGUGUGUCCAUAGAAGAAAUGGCCUCUCUGGCUAGGGAGUUGGGGAUCCAGGUAGACCAAGACUUUGAGAUUACUCAAGGGAUUCAAGUUUCUCCUGGAACAGCUGAAGAUGAAAACCAACAAAGACAUAGUUGGACAUCUGAAAGUCAUUCUCAGUUGCCUGCAAGAGAGCCUGGAGCUCAAGGUGAGGGCAACCAGAGUGCUCAGAAUUUUCAUCAGACUCCAGUAUUAAUGCCUCAUUUAGUACACCCAUGGCCUCUGCCUAUCAAAGUUGAAAGUAACUUUUACAAUGCUUCCUUCAAAGCCCCCUGGGUUAUGGGUACCCACUUGGGGUCAGUGCAGAGAGCUAAGUGGUUCUGCCCUUUGCCCCUUCAAAAUCCAGGGGUCCAUAGCACAAAUAAAACUUUUGGUCUUCAAUACUUCCAACCCCAGAGAUUUUAUUCAGGUGAAAGAUUCCUGAAAUUUUCAAGACCUUUUUGGGGACAUCGCCUGAAUAGAGCAUAUGGGAGAUCACAAAGACCCACUUCUCAGCAUGUAUGGACCUGUCCUGAGAGACUGCAAACAGUGGGAGCUCCUCAAAGGUCUGGGGCAGUGGUCUCCCAUGUAGGUCACUUAUAUUCGCUGGGUUCACAGAUAGGAAGAACAGUAGGGAAGCCACAGCCUGGGAAUACCCAGGCCCCAGGAACUCAGCUAACUGGAAAAGUUAUGAGAACAUCUCAUGUUAAACAUCCUUACCCUCAGUCCUUUCAGCCAACAGGAUCCAUAGAAGAAAAACAAAGGCCUGCUUUUCACCAAAGAGCCCAAAUGAUGUCACACAAAAUGCCUUCAGAUCCAGCUUUUCAACCAAGAUCUCAGUCCAUGUCUGGAAGUAAACUUUCACCCAGCUCUCAGUUCAACCCUCAUCAACCCAAAUCCCAGGGCAAACACUUCCAGCAUAAGCCCUUCCAACCGGUGCCCUAUCAGACAAAACCCACUCCUCCCCAGCCCUCCCAAGCUAAACCCUCCCCAUCCAAACCCACUCAUCCUCAGCCCUUCCAAGCUAAACCCUCCUCCUCCAAACCCACUCAACCCCAAUCACAUAGACCUCAUCAGCCCCAGUCUAAGCCUUCUCAGACUAGACCCACUCAACCUACAUCGUCCCAGUCCAAACCUUCACAGGCCAAAAUCUACCACCCAAGAGCAGGGCCUAAGAGAACAGGGAAGCAUUGAAGUAUGUACUCCUGAGAACAGUGAAAUAUGUUCUUUUAAUUGGUCAGACCUAUCACAUAGUAACCCAGAGUUGCAGUGGAGGAAAAGGACUGCUGUCAUUUGCAAGACAAAGACAAAAGUAUAUGUGAAGCCUAAUUGGAUAGUAAAAACCUAAAUGUAGAAAAGUGUGAAAGCAAUUAAGAGUAGGGUCUAACAUCGAGCCACCAAGAUCAGUCAGAAGUCCAGCAGGUGGCAAUAAUUGGACUCCAUGGGGUACAAGAAAAAAAAGGGGCCAUGUUGGGGGGGUGUCAGGGGGAGUUGGAGGUGGGUAUGAUAGAUGUAUACAGUAUGAAAUUGUCAAAGAGUAAAUAGAAGGUAAAGAAGAAUAGGGUCAAACAGUACAUAAUCAAAUGAACUCCACCUUCAGUACUAGGUAGUGUACACUUUGAAUUGGGGGGAUGGAGUCUAUGAGAUAGCCCUGAAUGGCGUGGCAACGGAUGGAACUACAGUGUAAUUGCAAAGUGGUAAAUGAAGCUCAGGUCACCUUGGGUUAAAGAAAAGCUGCCUCAGAGGUGCCUUGCUUUCUAUUUUCCAUUAUCUGCCACUGAGCAGGUAUCCUGCGUCAUUUGUCUUUAAAUCAACUUGCUUGUGGUACUAGCCCCAAUUUUCAUGGCUGAUAAGACUAUCUCAUUUAGCCCUUACACGUAGAAAAUGAAUGUCCAAUAAAAUUCAUUUUACAUUAAUUUUAGGGAUUAUUUAUGUGUUUUUCAUGCUUUAAGUAUAUAUAAUAGUUAAAAUUUAGUUCAUUAGAGGAUCUGAUAUUAUUAAAUGCUUAAUGAUUUGAUUAAAAAUGUGUUACUGAGUUUUUAAUUUUAGAUUUAAAAUUACGUUGAAAAGAUAAGAUAAAUUUGCAAAGUUUAUAGGUAUUAUG